CACACCGAUUCCACAGAACCUGUCCACCCUCCACCGCUCAAAAGCGACCCAGCUCUGGCACCGUACUACCACUCGCUGUUGCACACUCCUGGUUUGAAGCCUUCGUACUCACCGCACUGUGUGCUCAUUCCGGUCAGUCUGAAUCCCUCUCCUCCUGGCGGAGAACUCACCCAGCCUACCCCACCAUGUACCAGUUCAACCAGUAUUCCUGUAUUCAACAAACAUAUUAUAAACUCUCCUGUUUCUCCUGAGCAUUUCCUGCAUGUGGGUCAAGUCGCUUUACAAAACUAUGACACAGUUGUUAAACAAAUUCAUAUUAGGUGGUCCCUUCAAAUAAAAAACACAUGCUGAGAAUUCCAUGACAACUAGAUCAUGUGAGGGCCUCCAGGGUAAAUCAAUAUGCCAACUGUUGCAAAAAUGUUGGAAAAAUGUCAUUGUAAAAUUGUGAAAAUAUAUGAGAAACCUACUAGCGUGUUGAUAUGAACAUUUCCUCAGUUUUCUUCAAAGUUAUUUAUAUGUAGCUAGGGCUGAUAUAAAUAUAGUAACAAAUGUUUGAGUUUAAGAAGAAAAAAAUGCACAAAAUCUAAAGCUCACCGAGGUUUAAAUGACAUUCUGAUGUUUCAAGUUGAGUGUGUUUUUUUCCUUUAGACAGAUUACAAUAUUCUUCAAUCUGAAUCACCUAAAACACCAAAGACUGAACUCUGGUUGUGGAUGUGAGCAUCUGACUGGCUCUCAGGGGCCACAUCCUCUGGAACGUGCACUGUAUGGGAAAAAGUGAUAACAGUACAGAUGUUCUGUGGAUUUUCUGGAAUCCUCCUGAAGUGGAGCAGACUAUAUAUUUAAAACCAGGGGUCCUCUAUAAAUUAAAAAGAUAUUGACAACCACGUUUUUGGCAACAUAAAUGUAUUUAUGUCAAUCAGGUGACAACAAAUCUUCUUGUUGUCAGUUUAUAAAACAUUUAUAACAGUAACACUUGAAGAACAACCACAAUUCAACUCAGGUAGGUUGACCCUCCCACAUGAAUUUCUGAUGGACUCAUCCAUCCUCAAAACCUGACCAUCUGGAUUAAAAGGUUAAAUGCUGAUGGUUAGAACCUUCGCAUACGGAUUCAAAGACACAAAGUGAUCUUUAAAAUGUGGGCCUUGUUGGUGCUCACAUUUGCACUCGCUACUGGAGCAUCAGAAAGGAGCAACAACACAGCAUCUGAAGAAAGGCUUGUUAUAGCCCGAGGUAAACUGAUGGCUCCCAGUGUGGUUGGAUGAGCCAUAAAGAAAAUGCCUGAGCUCUAUCACUUCCUCAUGGACCGAUGGGCUUUAUACCAUAACUUAGAGUAUGACUCUUCUGAGGAGAAGAAUCCCCAUCUGAUAUUUUACAAUGUAAAGGAUGAGGUUGUAAAGACUGUCCCUGUGAAGAACAUGAAGGUGGACGAGAUCAGCAGCCUGUUAGAGUCUCUGGGUUUCUAUAAGAGGUCCCAGAAAGGGGAAGAGGUGCCAGAGGAGUUCCAGAACUUCCCCCUGCACGCCCCAAGGGACGAGCUGUGAUGACCCCUUGUGGCCAAAUUUUGCAUUUGCAACCCAGCCGCAUUAAUGACGAUUGGGGCUUAAAGGCCAGACUGUUAAAGCCAGGCCCCAUUCUGAGAACUUGCUGGCUGGGUGCAGUGCGGAAGGUGUUGGGCAUACUUGAGGCAUAAUGUUUGUUCACAAACUUCAAUAAAAAUUACAACAACACAAA